AUGCGCAGAUUCAGCGCCGAGAACUUCAUAGGUAUACUGGACCGGUUCAAAAUCACGGAAGUCGCUGUCGUGCCCACUAUGAUGAGAGGUAUCGUCAACCAGCGGGCCUCGCCAAUUUUACUGAGGAAUCUACGCCGAGUAUGGUGUGCUGGAGAAUUUCUGUCUCCGAAAACGAGAAAGGCCAUGUAUAGGCUUUUGCAUGAAGAUGCUGUCAUCUCUCAAGUUUGGGGAAUGACUGAAUUUGGUCGCAUCACAUCGUCUGAACGGGGCGAGAAGGAUGAUGACGGUAGCGUAGGCAGGUUGUUACCGAACACAGAAGCAAGAGUGGUGAAUGAAUACGGAGUCGAAGUCCUUGACGAAGGCUACUAUGGUCAAAUCCAGGUUCGAGGACCGUCGAUAAUGAAUAGCUACUCAGGGUGUCCGACCGGCACUGCCGAAGCUUUCAGCGAUGGCUGGCUCAAGACUGGCGACUUCGGGUACAUGAAGUCUGGCAAAGUCUACAUCGUGGGUCGUGUCAAGGAACUCAUCAAGGUGCGCGGAUGGCAGGUCUCGCCGAAUGAGAUUGAAGAUGUUCUCCUGAUGCAUCCUCUAAUAGUCGAUGCUGCUGUGAUUGGAUUCAGGCCAGUUGGCAGAAUCUCUAAAGACGAGCUUCCUCGCGCCUAUGUCGUGACUAACGACAGGCAUCUUACCGGGUUAGAUGAGUUGGAAGUGAUGGAACAUGUCAAAGAUCGAUUGGCCAGCUUCAAAGCUCUGGACGGUGGCAUGGAGUUUGUGGACUCGAUACCAAGAAACCACAAUGGAAAGAUCAUGCGACAUCAACUGCUCGAAAGAGCAAUGUUGGUCGUCGCUGCCAAUACGAUCGAGGCAAAUGAACACUCGUAG